UCUAUAAAUAGACCAGUGUUAGCCAAGGCAUUACCAACAGUAGAAUCUGGAGUCCGCCAUAGCUCUGGCGAGGAUAGUCAAAACACAGCUAAAACUGGAAAAAAAAAACAGGACUGAUCCGCGAUAUAUAUUUAUUCUAACAAGAUGAAUAGUGGGGACCACUGUUCCAGUGAAAAGGUCAGGCAGCCAAAUGCCAUUCUCUUCAAUAUCCUCAGCCGUCAGAAUACCAAUCACUCAAUGAGCCGUAACAGCCUGAACUACGGUUCGGCACCACAUGGCUGUCACUGUGAGCCGCGGCGGACGGUGUGCCUGGAGAGUCCCGCGGAGACCUGUCAGCUGGCUUCGGGCGUGCUGGUCAAGACCAUUCACUUCAUGAAGAGCCUGCCCUCCUUCCAGCAGCUUCCAGCCAAGGACCAGCUGUCGCUCCUCAGAAGCUGCUGGGUUCCGCUUUUCGUCCUGGGGCUGGCGCAGGAAGGGGUGAACUUCGAGGUCACUGACACGCCGACUGUGAGCAUGCUGAAGCACAUCCUGCUGAAUGGCCAGUGGCCGCGUGGCCCCGAGGACGAGGAGAGGGCGCAGCCCACCAUGGCCGGGGUUCACAAACUGAAGACGUGCCUCAGCAAGUUCUGGAGCCUCGAUCUCAGCCCCAAAGAGUAUGCGUAUCUCAAAGGCACCCUGCUGUUUAACCCAGACGUUCCAGAGCUAAAGGCUGCGUCUUUCAUCGAGAGCCUGCAGAAUGAAGCUCAGCGAGCUUUGAGGGAAGUGCUGUUACCCCUGGGGGAUCGCGGCCGAUUCGCCCGCGUCCUUCUUACGGCCUCUGCCCUCAAGACCAUAACGGCAGACCUGGUUACAGAGCUCUUCUUCCGGCCUGUCAUAGGCCAGACAGACCUUCUGGACCUGCUAACUGACAUGCUCUUUACUCGUUAGACAGAGCAUUUCCGUUACUCCUUACUCUCUAGAGCAUUUGCAGAGCAUUUCCUUUACUCUGUACUUGUUAGAACAUUGGCAGAGCAUUUCCCCUACACUUUGCUCAUUAGAGAAUUUUCAGAGCAUUUCCUUUACUCUUUACUCACUAGAGCUUUUGCAGAGCAUUUCCUUUACUCUUUACUCAGUAGAGCUUUUGCAGAGCAUUUCCUUUACUCUUUACUCAGUAGAGCUUUUGCAAAGCAUUACCAAAUGAACAAGAGUAUGUUGACUUAAGUUUAACAAGGAAGUGCAUUUCCAAACUGCAGUAUUUCUGAUAUAACUUUCAUCACUAGUCCUACUGGUAAAAUGCAUCCAUUUACUACAGCACAGUAGAGGACUUGCCAUAGAAUUAUUGUUUACAUCCAUUACAGAAAGGGUAGGUUUGCAUAAGUCAAACUGUCCUGAUAUCGCACACAAAGUAUACUGCCAUUCUUUGCUAUCUUUAGUGGCACUGGGUCUUUCAAAGCCUAUGUUGCAUUUAAGCUUGACAACCUUGGGCUAACUUCAGAGCAAAGCAGGUAUAUUUUGUCUCGGUAUUGGACAGGGGCAGAUCCUAAUCUGAACUGAAUUAGCCAAACCAUGUAUGUAUAUCUGUAUAGCAAUCUUGAUUACAUUGUAAAUACAAUAUAGAAUUCUAUUUUUUAAGCAAAGUUUAUAUAUGAAAGUUUAUAUUUUAAAUAAAUUAUAUAUUUUUUGUAAACCUUA